AUGGAGUCUUUAGCAGUUACAUUAGCUCUGGUGUUGUUAGUAACACAAGGAAGCAUUGUUACCUUCUCUUUGGCCUCUCCUCCCUCUUCUCCAAAUUUUCUAUGUAAAUGGUUUGGCUGCACAUGGAAGAAGCCUCCGUUUAAAUGGCGACCUUCAUCGCCGCCGACCGAGACGUAUCCGCCACCAACCGAAACCUAUCCUCCGCCGGUACAGUAUCAACCACCACCAACCGAAACGUACCCUCCUCCGGUACAGUAUCAACCUCCACCAACCGAAACCUAUCCUCCGCCGGUACAGUAUCAACCUCCGCCGGUACAGUAUCAACCUCCACCAAUCGAAACGUAUCCUCCGCCGGUAAAGUAUCAACCUCCACCAAUCAAAACGUAUCCUCCGCCGGUACAGUGUCAACCGCCACCAACCGAAACGUAUCCUCCGCCGGUUCAUUAUCCAUCGCCGCCGAAGUAUCGGCCGCCGUCAUAUCACCUAACACCUCCACCUUACGGUGGAUACCCUCCGGCGGAUCCGUAG